GCCGCACGCCACCCAUGGUUAUCAUAACUUCAAAGCCCGCUUCUGUUAGCAACCAAAAUCCAUUUACGUUCGGCUUCGACUGUCGAGAAAUCUGUUCGUUUGAAUGCUUCGUGCGUCAACAAGGUAUCAUUCCUGCUUAUUCCCGGUGCAACAGCAACAGAUACACGGCCAGCAAACUGCAGAACGAAAAGACCUACGUUUUUUAUGUACGGGGAACGGAUGACGUCGGGAACCAAGGAAAUCCGGAUAGUUAUACGUGGACAGUUGGUAAGUCAAUCCUCUCAGUGCACAGUGCAAACUCCUUCCUAGAUCUUUGGUCAGCCAUGCAAUUAGUCGUGGACUGGAAGCAAUCUAACCGGGGGCUUCUAUAGCAUAUAUGUACAAAAACUUUUCACUUGUGUUGGUAACAACAAAAGUGGGGGAGGGGGGGGGGGGGUGGAAAGGACGUCGAUGGAAAAGUAACAUAUAGAAGAACAACUGAUCUGAAAACAUUGUAAUUUAAGAAAAAAAAAGUUUGCGAUAUCAAUAUCAUCCUGCCAAACGUUUACCAGAUAGUUAAAAUCAUCUAAUAACAUAGAUCAAGAAACAGUUCUCAAUUUUCUGGAGUUUCACAUGAUAUAGUCCCUUUUGCAGUGCAAUUUACUGCAUGUCUUAAAACUGCAUCAAUGACAUAGUUCUCUUAAGAUCCUUGUGACAAUCCGUUAUUUGAUCAACUUGACGUUUUGGCUUAUUCGGGUUUUAUUAUUUAGUCUCAACCUUCACAAACAGAUUUACAGCCACCGGUCACCUCAAACAUGGCUUCUCAAACAGUGGAUUGUAAAUCAGAUCUCAGCCCUUCAACCCUUGGCAAGCCUUCAGUCAGCGACAACGAAGGGUCAAACACAAUAUUAACGCACCAAGAUCUUCCUGCAAGUAGCUGCAGCUUUCAAAGAAAAUGGACCGCAACGGAUCAAGCGGUUAACAGUGCCUCCAAAAUAUAGGAUAUUAAUCUCAUCAACCUUAGGCCACGACAGUGAAUUGCCAAGGUAAUGUCACCAUUGCUUGCGGGUGCUUUGUCGAACAACAACAAGAUAUGCGGAUACCAUCGAUGUCCCUCAUCCGUGCGAUCGGCCGAUCAAGAUAACACACGCCGAUUCUGUUCAAUAAUAAUAACAACAGUAACUUACUGAGUUAACGAGUUGUAAUACAAUGAAAACUUAAUAAGAUCAACUAUGUACAUUUCUGUAUAUGUUAAGUACAAAUUAUACAC